UUUUGUUUUUUUUGUUUUUUUUUUUAGUUUUUUGUUUUGUUUUUUGUUUUUUUUAAGAAAAAAAUAAUAAACUUAGUUUCUGUACAAGCAUCCGAGUAAGGAGGCUUCUGAUUUUCUGGCUUGAUGGUGGGUUGGGCGGGGACUUGGGCAUCGUUGUUCUGAGCCCUGUAAUUCUUGUCAAGACCUUCCCCAGCCUGCUGAUCUCUAGCCCUGGAUGACAUAAGCUUUUGAAUCCAAAGUCUCCACCCAAGAAGGAAGGCUGGCAAGCCCAGUCUGGGAGGGUACCGACUGUCACUCGAGCUGAGCACCUUUUGCUGCCUUAUUGUCUCUGGGUUCUUGGGCUUUCCCCUGGGACUGCCUGAGCCUCCUCCCCAAAGGCGGGCGGGCAUCCUGCCCCCAGUUGCUCCAUCAUCGCUUGCCCCUCCCUCCUUCCCUCCUCCAUCCAGCUGAACUGGUUUGAGUCAGCCACACCUCCCCAGCUCUUGGGGCUCCCACGUUGUGGGGUAGCCACUGUAACCUCACUCCUGGGCUUGACUUAAGAGACCCUGAGCCAACCCAUCCUGCACCCCAGCCAAAUCGAAUCUGAAGCAGGAGCCGAACGAAACUCAGUUCCUCAGGGCCAGUCACCAGGUAAGAAAGAGCCCCGGUCCCCGUUUGUUCCUACUCCAGCUCCCUGGUCCUUGCGUUCCUGUGGUUGUGUGUAUCUUACCCAAGUUUCUCACACGCUCCCCCUGCAGCUUAGUGCCCCGUGUCAUUUGUUCUCUGUGUGCUGUGCCCUUUGCACACCUUUAUCCGUGGUCACAUUUGGGGGGGGGCGGGUACACAUGGUCUCAGCUGGGAGCCAAGGAUGUGGUUGGAGAUUCGAGGGCAAAGGGUUUCUGGGUGGGCCCUGCUGCCGUUGGGAGUGAUUGUAAAGGGGCUGCUGUCUUGACGUUAAUUGGAGAGGAGGUGGAAGACGUCACACAGGAGAAGAGGUUGCAACUGGGUCAUUCUGGUCAGAGUUGUGGUUUCUCGGCAAUACAUCUGACAGCACAAGAGGGAAGCUGGGUCCGCCACCUGCUCCAGCCGUGAGCCAUGUUUUCACUUGGAGCGGGGUAGAGGACCUAGGGUCCCGUGCUCCGGGCCAGCCCCUGGGGAACUUGAGGGAACCCUGCAACCCAUACAUGGUCUCAGAUUCCUAACCUGGUUUGAAAUCCUGUGUUUCUCUCCUCAGGUGCACCUGUCACUGUCCCUCCGUGCUCAUCACUGAGUAGCCCAGAGAAUGCUUUCCUACUGGCUUGUCCUCUUAAAACCGAGGGCAGAUUGCAAGCCCACGGUUGUUCUGCGGGUGCAUGAGUCACUGGAGGAAUUCCUGAGAACUGAGCUAGGCAGCAUUCCUAGGAGCGGGCUAGGCCAGGAGGACAGUGGGAGAGGGGUGAAGUCUGAGCAAGCCCAGCCAACGGCUCCCCUCGGGCUCACAUGGACCUUGACUGUUGUCCACAGGUGAUGGAGGACGCAGAGAAGGCAAUGGAGACCUUGGUGAGCCCCACGGAGGCUGCUCCUUCUCCUCCCCCUCUCCGCUGCUGCUGGCUCCGCCUCCGGUACUGGGCGGCCACUAGUGUUCUCUGUGGUUGUUCUUGCCUGGGAGUGGUGGCUCUUGUGUUUGCCGUCAAGGCAGAAGAGCGACAUAAGGCAGGCCGGUCUGAGGAGGCAGUGCACUGGGGGGCCCGGGCACGGAGGCUCAUCCUGGCCAGCUUCCUUGUCUGGCUCACGGCCCUUGCUCUGGGCCCCCUGCUGCUGUGGCUGCUCUCCUAUGCCAUCGCACAGGCUGAGUGACCCUGGUGGCCCCUGCGGAGGAUCCACGGAGACUUCCUGGACGCUGCAGUGCGCCAGUGCUGGGAUCCAGUGCCAGCAGCAGGUCCCAUCUGGUUGGAAGGAUGGUGUUGGAGAAGCACUCAAAGGAGGCAACUGUUCAGACUGAUGAGAGGGAUCAGCCCGCCCCACCACCGCGCCCCACCACCCCGCAUCCCCCCAACCAUCUGCAGGGCCUCCACCUGGAAGUAGGGCUCGAGACCAAGCCUGACUUUAUGGCCCUGUUGUUUGUUUUACAAUAAAGCACUUUGGUGAA